AUGGCAAACCCUAACAUCCGGCUCCUCCUAAUUCUAUUUCUACCCCUAAUCUUCUCCCCAGAUUACGAUUUCAUCAGCGUGGCCAAUGCAGGGAGGCGGAGCAUCCACAUAACGGACGAUCUUGAUGACGUUAUCGACGAUGAGGAAGACGAAGCAUGGAAAAAUUGGGGAAAGAACCCAAACCCCUCUAAAGACGAGUUCGAUCCACCACCGUCCGAUUUGAACAAAAUGAAUAUGCAGGAGAUCCAGGAGAUGAUGAUGAAGCGAAAUUUCGGACCAGUUUUCGGGUUCGUUAAGCUCCGAUUAGGCGUACGCCGGACUCCGGAUGUUGUUGGUGAGAUUGCUAUGAAAUGGACAAAGAUUUUGAAAACUGGAGGAAUUCGAGUGCAGUUUACAGGGGUUGAUUCGAGUACAAUUAUGUUUAGCAUGGAACAAGGCAGAGACACGAUGGAGUUGAAGGAGUUCAUAUUGAAUGAACCGGAGGCUUAUGAAAUCAAAAUUGGGGAUCAAGUUUUCCGUAGACCUGGAGAUCCUCCUUUAGAAGCAGUCAUCGAGAAGCUUCAGCGCGAGCGGGACAAAGCUGAUGAUACUACUGCAGCUCCUGUAAAGGACGGUGGGCAUCCGAAAGAAGAAUUGUAG